AUGGGUCACGAAGAUGCCGUCUAUCUGGCCAAGCUUGCCGAGCAGGCUGAGCGCUAUGAGGAGAUGGUCGACAACAUGAAGAUUGUCGCUGGUGAGGAUCGCGACCUCACCGUCGAGGAGCGCAACCUCCUCUCCGUCGCCUACAAGAACGUCAUUGGCGCUCGCCGCGCCUCUUGGAGAAUAGUCACGUCCAUUGAGCAGAAGGAGGAGUCCAAGGGCAACUCGUCCCAGGUCACCCUCAUCAAGGAGUACCGACAGAAGAUCGAGGCCGAGCUCGCCAAGAUCUGCGACGACAUCCUCGACGUCCUUGACAAGCACCUGAUCCCCUCGGCCAAGUCCGGCGAGUCCAAGGUUUUCUACCACAAGAUGAAGGGUGAUUACCACCGAUACCUCGCCGAGUUCGCCAUCGGUGACCGCCGCAAGGAUUCCGCCGACAAGUCUCUCGAGGCGUACAAGGCCGCCACCGAGGUUGCCCAAACCGAGCUGCCUCCCACCCACCCCAUCCGCCUGGGACUUGCCCUGAACUUCUCCGUCUUCUACUACGAGAUUCUCAACGCCCCCGACCAGGCUUGCCACCUGGCCAAGCAAGCCUUCGAUGAUGCCAUUGCCGAGCUCGACACCCUCAGCGAGGAGAGCUACAAGGACUCGACCCUGAUCAUGCAGCUCCUGCGCGACAACCUGACCCUCUGGACUUCGUCCGAGGCCGAGACCACUGGCACCGCUGGCCAGGCCGAAGCUCCCGCCAAGGAGGAGACCGCUACCGGAGCUGCCGAGACGGGUGCUUCCACCGAGGAGGCCAAGGCGGCUGCUGAGUAG